AUGCAGCUCCGUGGACCGCUCGUCGGGCCUGAUAGGUGGUGGUAUCACACCCUUCUCAAAGGAACCGUACGUGACACUCUCGCGUCAUACGGCUCUGUCCCGGAAUCAGGACCUCCCCUUUCCUUUGACCAAGGGCCGCGGGGAGAUUUAGAUCGGGAAGUUGCGAAGGGCCGGCACCGCCUUCGAUUCUUUUCCAUGAGGGAAAGGGCCAUCUCGAUGCAGUCUACCAACGUAUCCACAGAUGUAAGAAAGAGGGCAGCCCCCUUCCAAUUCCAAAGCAAGCAACCUCUCCUCGAGGGUACCCAGGGAUCACAGUCGAGAUCUAAGGUAGGUCUUUCGCGGAAAACCUUGGGACAGGUACCCAAUUCCACUCCUAAAAGGCAAUCUAUUCUUGUAUACCAUUAUUCCAGGAACACAACAGAAAGACAACCUGAAAGAAAGACGGAUUUCAUUUCAAAACACGAUCUAAAUAAGCAAGAAAUGGAAGGAAAGAAGUCUAAGAGAGGCCCUUAA